UGCAGACCAGAGGGUGACCCGGAUGAUGGCGGCCGGCUCGGCCCUAUUCCUGGCCCUGUGGCUGCUAUUGCCGCCAGUGGGGGUGGGAGGGGCAGGGCCCCCACCGAUCCAGGACGGUGAGUUCACGUUCUUGUUGCCUGCGGGGAGGAAGCAGUGCUUCUACCAGUCCGCGCCGGCCAAUGCAAGCCUCGAGGCCGAGUACCAGGUGAUCGGAGGUGCUGGGCUGGAUGUGGAUUUCACGCUGGAGAGCCCUCAGGAUGUGCUGUUGGUCAGCGAGUCCCGAAAGGCUGACGGGGUGCACACUGUGGAGCCUACAGAGGCGGGGGACUACAAGCUGUGCUUUGACAACUCCUUCAGCACCAUCUCCGAAAAGCUGGUGUUCUUCGAGCUCAUCUUUGACAGCUUGCAAGACGAUGAGGAGGUAGAGGGCUGGGCAGAGGCUGUGGAGCCAGAGGAGAUGCUGGAUGUCAAAAUGGAGGACAUCAAGGAAUCCAUCGAGAUCAUGAGGACCCGGCUGGAGCGCAGCAUCCAGAUGCUCACACUGCUGCGGGCCUUUGAGGCUCGGGACCGCAACCUGCAGGAAGGCAACCUGGAGCGGGUCAACUUCUGGUCAGCUGUCAAUGUAGCAGUGCUGUUGCUGGUGGCCGUGCUGCAAGUCUGCACGCUCAAGCGCUUCUUCCAGGACAAGCACCCGGUACCCACGUAGCCCCUGCCCUGGAGGA